CCAGACCCAGAUGGAAAUCGACAACUUGGGUUUGAACAUGAAGGAUACUACUCCUGCGGAAAAGACAUUCAGAGAAUUGCAGGAAGAUUUGAGAAAGAUUCAUGCCAAGAUUGUGGUGCAGGAAGAGAUCUUUGUGAAGGAGAGAGCUAAAUGGGAAGCUGAAAACAGGCGUCACUACAACAAGAAUGAGUUUUUUAUCAACAGAUGUCGUUGGGAUGCAAAAUAUAAGAAACGACACUUUCAGUGUGUAUAUGAAGAUAGAAGGAAGGCUGUUAAAGAUGUCCCUUGCUUUUGGGUUACGGCAAUGUAUGCUAACAAGAUAAUUCGUAAGGAGAUUGCAAAGCACGAUGAAGAUGCUCUCGAAUUCCUGAAGGAUAUCAAGUCAUGUAGGACAGAUGAUCUAAAAGGAUUCCAGCUGGAAUUCAUGUUUGAUUCUUCCAAUCCUUAUUUCAAAAAUGAGGUCCUCACCAAAAAGUAUGAGCUGAAGGAUGGAGGAGAGUGUACAUUCUUGAUGGCAGUUGGGACGGAAAUCAAAUGGUAUCCUGGCAAAACCUUGACAGAAAGUAUUGAGAAAAUGACCAUUGGAUCUGAGGUUGUUCAAGUAGUCCAAACAUGUCAAAGUUUCUUCAACUUCUUUGCUACGAAGACUCAUCGGACUUCUCUUUGUUUGGAUGAAGAUGCUGAUAAACUCGAAGGCAAUAUUAUUCCCCUGGAUUAUGCAAUCGCUGUCAUACUUAGAGAUGAUAUCAUUCCACACGCAAUAUCGUGGUUUAAUUAUGAUGAAGAAGGUGCUAUGGAUGAAGAAGAUUAGACAAGAAAAAGUUGUAGAGGGUUCUAGAGGAGAGAUAGAGAUAGAGUUGAGCGCUUCAUUAUUGUGUAACCUAUGUCUAUUACUACAUUUUAUUUGAUCUCCCUUAAAUUCCUGUUGAUCAAUAUCAUAUUUAGUUGUUUUCUGAGACAUAUUUCU